AUGCGUCUGAUAGCGGGCGUGUUGGCAGGUUUUUUGAUAAUCUGCGAAGCCACUUCGGCGAGUGAGUCCGACCAUACCAUGGCGUACCAGACGGCCGGCACGGAUAAUACUCAGCCCACUGACGCUGUGGAAAACAGCAUCGCGAGCAAGCGGUUUCUAAGGGCCGACGUGGUCAUGAACCGUGGCGUAGAGAGAAUCUUCGAGGCUCUGAAAAACCUGCUACCUGGAGCCAAGAUAUUCGCGAAGGACGGGGCGUCAUUUUCCGGGACAUUCGUGAGAAAAAUGCUUGGCGAUAAAGCCUUUCGGAAACAAGAGUUUGAGCGCUGGAUUCGAUCUGAUAUAGACGGAACAGCCCUUCGGCGAAUGCUUGGGGACAUGAAUAAGAAAGGAAGAGCGGAGCUUCUAAACAGAUAUACCGCUUUCCUUGGCUCAAAGGAUGGACUUGUAUACUACAAGCCAGGGCCUAUUGCCUAG